AUGGGCGUCAAGAUUCGAGGGCAGCGCGCUGAGCUUGGCGAGAUCGAGCAUGUCCUCUGCACUCACGGUUCUGUGGAAGAUGCCGUUGCCGUUCUACAACAUGACGACAAACGAGAUCCGUGGAUUGCCACUUUCGUUACUCUCCGUAGCGAUGACGCCGAAUUCCACGAACGACAGAACAACGACGAAGCACAGCAUGUAGAGUUAUGGGAGCAUCAUUUCGACAGCGAUGCGUAUGCCCUAGUUGAGAGUUUACAAACCAACGUUAUUGGACGAGACUUUACCGGAUGGACCUCUAUGUAUGACGGCACUACCAUCGAUGAAGAGGAAAUGCAUGAGUGGCUUGAUGACACAAUAGAAACGGUACUCAACGGCCGCGCGCCCGGACACGUGCUUGAGAUUGGCGCAGGCUCUGGGAUGAUCCUUUUCAACUUGACUCAGGGCCUGAAGAGCUACGUUGCUCUUGAGCCAUCCCAGAAGGCCGUCGAUUUUCUUACGAAAAUGAUAGCAUCAGUUCCAUCACUACUGGACAAGGUCAAGAUACACAAGGCCACUGCAUCGGAUCUUGGUCGAUUGGAUCUAGCUAUAUCCCCGAACCUUGUCAUCUUAAAUUCGGUUGUGCAAUACUUUCCUAGCCAGGGAUACCUCUACAGAGUCUUGCAGGACCUUCUUCAAUUGCAAGGAGUGGAGACCAUCUUCGUGGGCGAUAUACGAUCUUAUGCACUUCAUCAACAAUUUCUAGUUGCAAGAGCGUUGCAUAAAGGUGGACAAAGACCAAGCAAGAGAACCCUCCGGCGAAUAAUGACUGAAAUGGAGAACUUCGAAUCAGAAUUGCUUAUCGACCCUGCGUUUUUCACUUCCCUGCAAGAUCGCAUCGGCAGGAUCGAACACGUGGAGAUUUUGCCCAAGAAGAUGCGUGCGAACAACGAGUUGAGUUGUUUCCGUUAUUCGGCUGUGAUCCAUGUUAAAGCUAGUGGCAGACAUCUGCAGCUACAGAUCCAGGAGAUCAGUGAGGAUACAUGGAUUGACUUUGCGAAAGAAAGCCUGGAUCACCAAACCCUCUCGGAUCUAUUGUGCCGCAACACAGCUUCAAAUGUCGUUGCUGUGAGCAAUAUCCCAUACAGCAAGACCACCGUCGAGAGACACGUACUUGAAGCACUAAAUAGUCAAGAAGACGAAAGCCAAAGUGGCGGCGGUUGGCUUUUAUCCGCCGGCAAUAUUGCUGGGCGCUGCCCUUCGCUCUCUGCAAUCGAUUUGGUUGCGCUGGCUCGGCAAACGGGCUACCGAGUCGAGAUCAGUUGGGCUCGACAAUACUCUCAAAUUGGUGGCCUGGAUGCCAUUUUUCACCGUGGACUACCAGCCGAUGAGAAGGGGAGGACAAUGUUCCGAUUUCCCCUUGACAACUCGCGCCGACCUUACCAUUUGCUCAGCAAUCACCCUUUGCAGCAAGGACUGAAGAAGUCAAUUCAGAAGGAGCUUUAUAAGAUGCUCCAGGAUAAGCUUCCCUCGUAUAUGGCUCCACAAACGAUCAUCGUCUUGGAUAAGAUGCCCCUCAAUAAGAACGGCAAGAUUGAUCGUCGGGCGCUUGCGAGUAACGUCGAGAAUCAUACGGCAGACCGAGAGCUGGCUCGACAACCGGAUUCAGAAAUAGGGCGGCAAAUGCGGAAGAUAUGGGGCAAGAUCCUCGAUAUCGAGCCGACCACGAUCAGACAAGACGAUGAUUUUUUUCAGCUUGGGGGCAACUCGAUCGGGGCAAUGAGAGUUGUAGGUGAGGCCCGGAAGGUUGGCCUUGAGCUGACUGUGACGGAUAUAUUUAGUUACAGGGCGCUGAAGGAUGUUGCUAGACGGGCACACCAUUCCUGA